GCGCCUGGAAGGUCACGGAGUCUGUGACGUCGGUUUUGCUUCCUCUGAGCCGACUAGCUUCUGCUCCGUACGACUUUUCUGAAAAGUCUCAUUACUCCUUAUUACACGAAAUAAACCGCGACGCGUUCAUUAUCCGCGCGAGCAAACAAAGUGCGCUGCUGGAACUUAAGAGAAACGCAAACAAACGAGCACGCGCGCGACGUCUGGAUUAAAAACCGGGAUUUCAACGUUGAAGUAUUCCUCCAAGCUUCCCGAUGGAUCGCACGUGUGUGAGCGUCUGAUCCAACGUUCGAUCUCAUGGCUUCUCUCUUGCCCUGACGUCUUGGUUUAGCCAGGAUCCAAAAUGAGCAUAAGCAGCGAUGAGGUCAACUUCCUGGUGUACAGAUAUCUACAGGAGUCGGGAUUCUCUCACUCAGCGUUCACCUUCGGCAUAGAGAGCCACAUCAGCCAGUCGAACAUCAACGGUGCGCUCGUCCCCCCUGCAGCGCUCAUCUCAAUCAUCCAGAAGGGCCUUCAGUACGUCGAGGCAGAGGUCAGCAUCAACGAGGAUGGCACGCUCUUCGACGGCCGCCCAAUCGAGUCUCUGUCCCUGAUCGACGCCGUGAUGCCUGAUGUGGUGCAGACGCGCCAGCAGGUGUAUCGUGACAAGCUGGCACAGCAGCAGCAGGCCGCACCAGGGACGGCGAGCGGCGCCAAGAACGGAGAGAGCGCCGCGAAUGGAGAGGAGAACGGGACGCACAUGUUAUCUAACCACCAUUCGGACAUGAUGGAGGUGGACCGGGCGGUGGAGAUCCCGGCCCAUAAGGCCAUGGUGCUUCGUGGACACGAGUCCGAGGUGUUCAUCUGCGCCUGGAAUCCGGUCAGCGACUUGCUCGCUUCAGGGUCUGGAGACUCGACGGCGAGGAUCUGGAACCUGAGCGAGUGCAGCUCAGGAGGCUCCACCCAGCUGGUGCUGCGCCAUUGCAUCCGUGAAGGAGGCCAAGAUGUGCCGAGCAACAAAGACGUCACCUCACUGGACUGGAAUAGUGAAGGUUCACUGCUAGCCACCGGCUCCUACGACGGUUUUGCCAGGAUAUGGACUAAAGAUGGGAACCUUGCCAGUACUUUAGGCCAACACAAGGGACCUAUAUUUGCUCUCAAGUGGAACAAGAAAGGCAACUUUAUCCUCAGCGCUGGUGUCGAUAAGACCACAAUUAUUUGGGAUGCACACACCGGAGAGGCCAAGCAGCAGUUUCCAUUCCACUCUGCUCCGGCUCUUGACGUGGACUGGCAGAGCAAUAACACCUUCGCCUCCUGCAGCACAGACAUGUGCAUCCAUGUGUGUAAACUGGGCCAGGAUCGACCGGUCAAGACAUUCCAGGGUCACACGAACGAAGUGAACGCGAUUAAGUGGGAUCCGACCGGCAGCCUCCUGGCCUCGUGCUCAGACGACAUGACGCUAAAGCUUUGGAGUAUGAAGCAGGACACAUGCGUUCAUGACCUCCAGGCCCACAGCAAAGAGAUUUACACCAUCAAAUGGAGUCCCACCGGCCCUGGAACCAACAACCCCAACGCCAAUCUCAUGCUGGCCAGCGCGUCAUUCGACUCCACGGUGCGACUGUGGGACGCCGAACGUGGCGUCUGCGUACACACGCUGACACGACACCAGGAGCCCGUCUACAGCGUCGCUUUCAGCCCAGACGGCCGCCACCUCGCCAGCGGCUCCUUCGAUAAAUGCGUGCACAUCUGGAACACGCAGAGUGGCGCCCUAGUAAACAGCUACAGAGGGACAGGUGGGAUCUUUGAGGUGUGCUGGAACUCCACCGGGGAUAAAGUCGGAGCCAGCGCGUCAGACGGAUCGGUUUGCGUAUUAGACUUGCGGAAAUGACUCUGCCAAGGGGAUGCCGUGCAUCGACAAAGCACGUGCACCUCGCCAAAUCCAGACUCUCCACAUGAACUCUUCUAUAUUCCCCCAUGGGAUACGCAACUAAUAAAUCGCCCACGUCUCAACUUUUCUUUAUAUUCACUUCCCCUUUAUCCGCCAUUCCAAAAGUCGAUUCACUUCCUUGGUGACGUGAGCACCAGAAAGCGUCCUGAUAACACUGAACCUGAAGCGGUUUAAAUUUUUUUGUCUGUGUAUAUAUAUAUAUUUUUUUUUUUUUUAAACAUUGACAUCCUUAGAACUUGAUCUGUCUGGCAAAAGCCGUUAGGUCAGCGAUACCGAUUCAGCGUAAUGAACGGCUUAUCGAUUUAUACCAGCUAUGCAACGUUAUGGCUCGACAAACAAUCGUGCAGGAUGACCGUUUCGACUCUAUGAUAUUUUAUACACAAGCUAUUUAAGGGUAGAGUACGGAAAACGACCUGCAGACAAAAUUACAAGCAACUUUUUUCCUAAGACGCUUAAAGAAAUUAACGUCCGAGAUGAUUUUUUUUUUUAUUUUUUUUUUUUAUCCGAUCUUCGUAUCUUUAGCUAGCUGUGACGGUAAACAGUUCAGCUUCGUCGACGAUCGAUUAGUGGUCAUGUACGAAUGAUCUGAAUCAGAGUAUAAAUUCGUUUCGUGUACUAACAUCAUGUAGUUUUUUUUUUUUUUUUUUGGUUUUCAUCAUCUCAAGUACAGCUCUGAUGAUGGCAUGGAAUUUGCGUGUAUGCGUCGAUGUUUAUCCAGCGGAAAAGACGAUACUUGUAAACGCCCUAACGAGUUUUUUUUUUAAUAAAAUACCAUUAGACAGUCAUAGUUUAUUAUUAUUUUUUUAAACUCCAGAAGCAAAAGGACGGACGGCGAAGACGUUUCUUUCCUGCACUUUAGAUAGACGCAACGCAAAGAAAUCUGUCGAGCACUUAAUUCUGGAUGCCUUUUGACAAAAAAUAUAUCUCUCUUGUAUUGACUUGAACGUUAACUAGGAUGCUAGUUUCUAACUAUUGUGGCAUAUUUUUUGUUUGUUUUUUAAAGUAUCGCCUACUACGGCUUCACGUUAUUUUGUCAAAUCAUAAUUUGCUGAUUUUUUUUAUUAUUAUUAUUAUUUCCGUCCAGAAUGUCGCUAAAAUUUUGUAAAGAGAUGAGUAUUUUGAUGCUUGCUUAAACUUAUCGAUACUACAUAGAUUGUACCAUAAAGUCGCCUAUUUAUUAUAUUGUCUAUGACAGUGGAAUGGUAUUUUAUAACGUUUUUGGUUUUAAAGGCACGCUUUUUACGGCGAACCCUUCUUUCCGGUCUCGGCACUCGCUUCGCCGUGUCUUUUUGUACUCUUUUUGGAAUCUUUUUGUAAUUCUGCUUUAUUUGUAGUCAUCUGCGCAAAAAUAUAUCUAAAAAAAAAAUAAUAAAAAUUGAAAAAAAUAAAAUAAAAUUCUAAAAAAACACACGGGCAUAUCGUAAACAUCGUGGACCAUGUAAAUAAAUACCUGUUCAACUCAUCCAAACCCCGUUUUUUUGUUGUUCUUUUUGGGGUUUUUUUUUCUCUCCCUUUCACUUUUUGUUAUUUUCGACCUAAAAUAUUCCCUCCUUUUUUUUCUUUCUCCUGCUCAAAUUCUUGAUUUGACUUUUUGGGAUUUUUUUUUUUUUUUUUUUAAGUCAGAUCACAUGGAGGAAAAAAAAAGUCCAGAAUAAAAUAUAUUUUGAUAA